AUGAAUGUAAAGUGUUUUUUAGUUUUGUUUAUUAUUGGAUAUAUUAAAGCUGAUUAUUUGUAUUCUUCAUCUUCAGCGGCGUCAUGUGGAUUCCCUCAUAUAGAUAAUGGAAGAGUGCGAGUGAGACAAAAAUCUAGAUUAGUGAAGUUUAUUUGUUCGCCGCGGUACGAGUUGGUUGGCAAUAAAUAUGCAACCUGCAGGGGCUCGCAAUGGGACGUGCCGUUGCCCGUUUGUGUUCGUACAGGAUGCAAGGUACCGUCUAUUGAGAAUGGAGUGGAGAUACCUUCAAGACAAAACGCCUGGGUGGUUUUCUUCUGUCUGCCAGGACAUAAGAUGAUCGGCUCUUCGACUAUAUAUUGUGAUGGGAGACGAUGGAACGGGACAGCACCAUCCUGCGUUGAUGCAACGUCGUCUGGUUUACCGAAAUGUGACUUCGAAGAUCCGAAGAUCUGUGGCUGGAUGCAGGAUGAUCUCCACGACUUUGACUGGAUCAGGCUGAAUCAAAAAACACCUUCUAAUUUCCUCUUUACGGGACCUUCGUACGAUCAUACCUACGGAAAAGGAGGUUCAGGUUACUAUAUGUAUAUUGAGAGUACAUCAAGAUUAGUAAAUGACAGCGCCCGUCUCAUAUCGCCGAUAUACGACGGCGCCUUAGCUAAGGAUGGCUGCUUUGUAUUCUUUUACCAUAUGUAUGGAGAAACGACUGGUGGUCUCCGUGUAUACCAGAAACCGGAGAACUAUGCUUUGAGUUCUCUCCUCGGACUGAGCAGUAGCGAGAAACAGAAGUAUAUUCUCUUCGAGAAGUGGGGCAAUCUUGGUAACGUUUGGUACGACGCUGUUCUGCCCCUUGUCGACUUCUCUGAUAACUUUCAGAUCGUAAUCGAAGGUCUACGAGGGUCUAGUUUCACUAGCGACAUCGCGAUAGAUGACGUGGCCAUCCUGCAGGGCAGCAAUUGCAGCGUGGCGCAGCUUGAAGCCACCACACCCUCGGAAAUCUCGUCGGAUUCAUGUACGGGUCGCUGCGACCUUCUGGGCAAAAACACAGCCAGCGGUGGCUGCACCUGCGCAGCUUCUUGUAUAAGAGAAAAUAACUGCUGCAUCGAUUUCUUCGACACUUGUGUAUUUUCUAAUGAUGGCGACAAUAACAACGACGAUAAUUCGAGCAAUAGUACAGAGAUCGCGCCGCAAACGCAAAAAUUAAUAGCCAGUACACCAUUUACUACCUCAACAACUACAACCCUCACACCAAAAACUACCUCAACAACAAGACGAUCAACCACUUCUACAACGACUACAACUGCUAAACCGACAACUACAACAUCAACUACAACAACAACCACGACAACAACUACAACUCCAAAAACAACCACAACUACAUCAACGACCACAACUAAACCAGUCACUAACGUUACUAAAGUCACAAAGAUUGCUACCACAAUCACACCCAAACCAACAACACAACCUACAACAAAACUACAAACAACUAUUAAAACGACCAGCCCUAAAAUUCAAAUAGAUUAUUCAUUCACUCCAAUACAAGAUGUUUUUCAAGAUGAAGAUGAUAAUGGAAUAAAAGACGAAGAAAAUACAGACAAAGAGCAAAAUACCAUAGAAUACGCGACAGAGCCUACAAAAUCUGGUAGUUUGAAGACGGGUCUAAUAUCAAUAUUAGCUAUAUUAUGUUGCAUUGGUUUGAUUUGGUUGCUUUUGGAGGUUAGGAGUUCUCGCGGCAGACGCACUUUGGCGCGUAUCCGAGGUCAUGUCACCAGCGAUCCAGAAGUCAGAUAUUUAUCAACAGAUGUAGAUGAUGAUUAAAUUAUUUUAAUUUAUUAAAUUAUGCUUUUUA